AACCCUUCCCUCCUCCCACUCGUAGCCCGCCCGUCAGGCAGGAAGGCUGGCAGUGGUUCUACCGGCGGUUAAUUCUCUCCUCUGUGUUGUCCUCCUUCCUCGUUCCCGAUCGCCGGCGGGGGCGGCUACACGGGCGGCAGCGCGGUUCCUGCGGGAAGCGCAGCAUAAGUCGAGCGGCAGCCGCGAAGCGUCGAACCGAACGCGGCGGCGGCGGCGGCUGUGCAGCCAACAUGGCGGCGGCAGCGGCGGCGGGCCCGGAGAUGGUCCGCGGGCAGGUGUUCGACGUGGGGCCGCGCUACACCAACCUCUCGUACAUCGGUGAAGGCGCCUACGGCAUGGUUUGCUCUGCUUAUGAUAAUCUCAACAAAGUUCGAGUUGCUAUCAAGAAAAUCAGUCCUUUUGAGCACCAAACCUACUGUCAAAGAACCCUAAGAGAGAUAAAAAUCUUACUGCGCUUCAGACAUGAGAACAUCAUCGGCAUCAAUGACAUCAUCCGGGCACCAACCAUUGAGCAAAUGAAAGAUGUAUAUAUAGUACAGGACCUCAUGGAGACAGAUCUUUACAAGCUCUUGAAGACACAGCACCUCAGCAAUGACCAUAUCUGCUAUUUUCUCUAUCAGAUCCUGAGAGGAUUAAAAUAUAUCCAUUCAGCUAAUGUUCUGCACCGUGACCUCAAGCCUUCCAACCUCCUGCUGAACACCACGUGUGAUCUCAAGAUCUGUGACUUUGGCCUUGCCCGUGUUGCAGAUCCAGAUCAUGAUCACACGGGGUUCUUGACAGAGUACGUAGCCACACGUUGGUACAGAGCUCCAGAAAUUAUGUUGAAUUCCAAGGGUUAUACCAAGUCCAUUGAUAUUUGGUCUGUGGGCUGCAUCCUGGCAGAGAUGCUAUCCAACAGGCCUAUCUUCCCAGGAAAGCAUUACCUUGACCAGCUGAAUCACAUCCUGGGUAUUCUUGGAUCUCCAUCACAAGAAGAUCUGAAUUGUAUAAUAAAUUUAAAAGCUAGAAACUAUUUGCUUUCUCUUCCGCACAAAAAUAAGGUGCCAUGGAACAGGUUGUUCCCAAAUGCUGACUCCAAAGCUCUGGAUUUACUGGAUAAAAUGUUGACAUUUAACCCUCACAAGAGGAUUGAAGUUGAACAGGCUCUGGCCCACCCAUACCUGGAGCAGUAUUAUGACCCAAGUGAUGAGCCCAUUGCUGAAGCGCCAUUCAAGUUUGACAUGGAGUUGGACGACUUACCUAAGGAGAAGCUCAAAGAACUCAUUUUUGAAGAGACUGCUAGAUUCCAGCCAGGAUACAGAUCUUAAGUUGGUCAGGACGAGGGCUCAGAGGACUGGACGAGUUCAGAUGUCGGUGUCCCCCCCAGUUCUUGACCCUGGUCCUGUCUUCAGCCCGUCUCAGCUUACCCACUCUUUGACUCCUUUGAGCCUUUCAGAGGGGCAGUUUCUGGUAGUAGCAGCUUUUAUACUUUCACGGAAUUCCUUCAGUCCAGAGAGUUCUCCUGGCAGCAGGCCGUGCAGCAGUGUGCACUUUCAAUGCACUCAACUGCUUACUGUUGUUUAGUCACGAACUGCUUUCUGGUUUGAAAGAUGCAGUGGUUCCUCCCUGUUCUGAAUCCUUUCUACGUAUCACCUGCUGAACCAUCCGCCUCAUCAGAGGGAGAGUCUUUCCAGACUUGUUCCAGUUAUUGGCACCUCACUUCACAGUAGGGAGGCUAGGACAUAAGACAGCUCCAAAUUUGCACUUCAUCUGUUGGCUAGUAACUGUCUACCUAGACAGAGUCGGAGCUUGUGGGUGUCCCUGGAUGGUAUUAUAGGCUACAGGGGCAGGGGCUUCUGUUGCAGAAGUCCUUUGGGGCCAUUUUUCUUGUGUAUCAUGUUAGUCCCAAAUUUAAGGUAUGUACUAUUUGCCCAGCUUUUUAAAAAUUUGAUGACUGUUUAAGUGAAAUAGGAAGGAAGCAUUGCAGCAGCAGAUCUGUUGUUCUGCGGCUUUUAUAUGGUUACUUGUAUUGUAAUGGAGGUGGAGCUCUUGCCAAAAUGUUACAUGCUAUCCUUAGCCAGAGAGUGAAAGUAACAGCUGUGCUUGUCAUUUACUGAAAGAUGGACACACACAAAGCUGUGGAAGUUCCCAGAACAGUAGAGAGCAAGCUGACCUAGAUGUUCGGGGCGGAGCUCCAUAUAACCUUGAACAGCCACACAGAAGGCUGUUUGCAUAACCACAUUCACUACCUAGGGAUUUAGCUAAAAGGAACCCUGCAUCUUUAAAUGAGAAAGUGUACAGUUCUUCUCCUGCAGCAUGUCAGCAUCUCGAGCUCACUCUUCAGCAGUGUAAUGACUUGUAUGUAAUAAAACCUUGAUGGGCUCUCCUCAGGAAGCUCUGCUCUGUUGCCAAGUUAGAGAUGUUUCUGGUACUGCUGAGUUAAUGUCAUAAAAGGCUAGCAGUAACUGUUCGAGCUCUCUUUUAUUUCCUUUUCUCCUAUAUUUUGUUCCUGCACUGUGUGCUGUGGAGUUGAUGGUGUUAUCCCAGUGCGGUGCCUCCAGACCCCCUCACUGCUCUCUGAUGAGAAAUAUGCCUUGUUCAAUACUUACUGUGCUCUUGCAUGACUGUUAAGGUUUCUGUGCCGAGACCAAUGUCCAAGUGUCACAUCCUUUGAUUGAACGAAAUCUGUUGUGACCUCUGAGUUGUAUUCCAUGAAGAGAAUGCUACCCAGAAGAUAAUGUAGGAAAGAUAAUUAUAUUGUUAACUUUUCAUUUCUCAGCUGUCCUUUUGUUUUCUUGGUUUUUAUUUUUUAUUUUUUAUUUUGACAUCAAUGGAAAAUGGGUUCUAUAAAGACUGCCUGCUAGUAUGAACAGCAAUGCAAUGCACUUGUAACUCAUGGAAAUAAAUGUACAUCUUUAUCUUUACACCCAUGGUAA